GAAAAAUGUCUGCCUUUGUCGUUGCGUUGUGCGAAAUAUUAUUUCUCCCGUGUCUGGAGCAGAAUUUAUCAUUUUAAUAUCAGUCCUGGUAGCGGAAGGACAUCAUAAUAAACAGUAUACAAUGGAGUCUACUUCAGUGAUAAAUACUUAAGAUAAUUACAUCCAAUAACGAUUAAUUGUGUCAUUGCGAAUGUUACGUUUUAUAUUAUGUCUUAAAAAAUAAAAUCAGUGCUGUGUUCAGAAUGUCGUCGGAAGUAUUUUCGUUGUACGACAGUACCCCGGAUUCUCUUUUAAAUAUUUGUAUGGACUACAUCGUAGCCAAUUUGAAUAUUAUCACGAAGUUGGAUCCUACAAGCCGCUGGCGUAAGCUGAAAGAUGAUAUCAUAUUACCAGCUGAACUCUGUGAGAAAUUUCUUCAAACCUAUCAAAAAAAGAAUCGUGUCAAUGAUAACAUAGCCAACUUGUUUCGCGAUCGUUCCCGAACUCGACUGGAUCGCGUAAAACUACGCAACUCACGAAUUACUGACGAAGGUCUUCGUUGCUUUGUGGAACACAAGCCAUAUCAGGUGGAACUCGUUCAAUGCGAGUAUCUCUCGCAAGCAUCGCUGGAUCUGAUUAAUAGCAACAGUGAUAAUCUAGUCUGUCUUAAAUUUGGGCCACUCACUUAUGUGGUUUCUCAGGAUGAGGCUAUGUUUCGUCAAAGACGUUAUAUUAUUGAUGCGCCAAAAUUACGGCGGCUAACUAUUCAAUGCAGAGGAAUGUCUAUAUUCCCUCUACUACUCCUGAAACCGUUACACCAUCUUACACAUUUAGAUCUCUCUGAAUAUACAUCUGCGGGUUCCAGCUGGGCUCUACAUGAGUUGAAGAAUUUGAGGUCUCUUGUGCUCCACAGUGUUUUAUGGUCCAAAGAAAUAAUAGAGUGGAUUGCUAGUAUGCGCACACUACGGCACUUGGAUAUUUCUCAGUCUAAUGAGAGACAUGGCAAAUAUUUUAGCCCGAAUGAUGUUUUGUCGAAGCUGGUGACAAGUUUACCCAAUUUGGAAUCACUGGAUAUAUCUGGAACCAAUCUGGCUGGUACUGGAUGCGCAGUACCAGCACUUGCAGAAGGCACCUCUGAGGGAUCUGAGAAUCAUGUCCGUUGCGAUAUACCUGGGCUUGUGAGCCGUGUUAACCGGCCAUUAGAGUUUCUAGGCUUGUAUGGAACUCAUCAUGGAGCCUGCAAGCGACAUGACAUUCCGGCUAAAGUGAUUACAGGUGAUGCAAAUGAGGAACAAAUUCUCACAGCAGGAGUUGCUUAUAUGGAGCGGCCAGCAAUGCUGACCCGUGUUUUGAAUGAUUUGUACUAUAUGUUCCGUAGUACUGAGAGAUACAAUGCAUAUGUUGGACGAGCACUAUGUGUUGUGCUUGAGGCUAUGGAACAACAUGUGUCAGAAAAACACAUCCAGAUUUCUGGCAGUGCCACCUUGUUCUACAUUGUCAAGGGGAAAGAAAAACCUCGCAUUGGUAUAAAGCUAAAACGUCGUAUUAUCACCGCGCUGCUGGACGGCAUGGACGCACAUCUUGGUGAUGACACCAUGAUGCGCAAUGGCUGCCUCACACUCUGCCAGUUUAAGAUUCCGACUGACGUGUUGUUUGAAUACGAACGGGUCGUGCAGAUCCUCUUGACCGGCGUAGCCGAUGUCAACCAGGAAGGUUUCGUACAGCGCAUCGCAAUAUAUCUUCUGAAUUCUCUCGCAUGCCAGGUGGACGGCAAGCAGAAACGCUUCCUCGGAAACCAUGGCGCUAUAGGGAAAAUGCUAAACCUGAUCGCGGACCGCCUGGAGAGACACGUCUGUGAUGACGUGCUAGAGGUAGCUUGGUCAACCAUGUGGAACGUGACCGACGAAACACCGCAGAACUGCCAGCGAUUCCUUGAAAAUCGGGGCAUGGAGUUCUUCCUUGCUUGUCUAAAGAGUUUUCCCGACAAAGAAGAACUUCUUCGAAACAUGAUGGGCUUGUUAGGCAAUGUAGCCGAAGUGGCAGAGCUGCGUCCAAAGCUCAUGGACAAGCUAUUCCUAUCAGUAUUCUACGAUCUACUUGACUCAUCAAGUGAUGGGAUUGAGGUGAGCUACAACGCAGCAGGCGUCCUUGCUCACAUGGCCUCUGAUGGUCCAGAUGUUUGGACUGUAGACGAACCAGCUCGAGAUGCUGUACUCCAGCGCAUCGCCUCCGCUGUUGAGAGAUGGGAUCGACGUGCUGAGAGGAAUAUAAACUAUCGCUCGUUUGAGCCGAUACUGAGCUUACUGCAUGCUCACCACACGCCACAGUGCCAGCACUGGGCUGUUUGGGCCUUGGCCAAUCUUACCACGGUAUACCCUGACAAAUACUGCGGCUUGGUAGAAUCUGAGGGUGGAUUGAAACUGCUUCGCUGCCUGCUUCGUCACCCUGGACCCUACGCGAUGAUUAAGGAUCUGGCCUGGGUUGUUAUCAACAAUUGCGCUAAAUACGCUUCCCGCGAUCUGAGCACCCCGCCGCCGGGUUCUCCGGACAAUUAACUAACGGAGUACUUUGAGGACAUCGAUCCUCAUAUACGAGAAUAGCAAAUACUGAUAAUCGAGCUAUUCAUAUUCUGGAUAUCGAUUAUGACAACGUUCACGUUCGGUACAGUGCUGCUGAUAAUAUUCUCGUAAACAGACUGCUAAGGACAGCUUUUUACCCAGUCGGGCGUAGUGUUAAGAUUGACGGUCGGUUACAAGUGUCAGGAACAAUUGGAAUCGUAAAUGCUAAUGAUCGGUAUCAAUAAUCAGUGUUUUUUGUGCAAAUUAAAGGAAAAAUACAAAAAAAAAUAAUGUUUAGAUAUGUUUUACCAUAUAUAUGUAAUGUUACUACUUCACAUAUGCUAGUGAAAUUAAUAUUUUCCUAUCUGUGGAUUAGUAUAGCAUCUUAUAUUGUAUUUAUAGUUUUAAAAAAGAGUUAAUAUAUUUUUAUGUCUCAUUGAAAUUUACUUUAUAAACUUUAUCUACAAAGUAAUUUAUUAGUAAUAAACAACAUAUUUGGUCCAUAAAAAACGAUGUGAUUUUAAAGAAAUAUGACAUAAUGCUCUCUUAUACAAUUUAAUGUUCAGAUUAAUCUGACUUCUGAAAGUCUAAAAUGUAAAAUUUUGUAUAGAUCUUUUGGUUCUUUUUUUUUAAUAACUAAUCUGUUUUCUACUUUAACCGGCCUAUGUUAUUUCAUAAAGUGGAAGUUUGUUUAUAGAUAUUUUUAUAUAGUCCAUAAAUCAGUUUUCAAACUUUUAAAAAAGUAGACAUUAACUAUUUAAAUAAAAUGUUUCAUUGUUUAUAUUUAAGAUAGUAUGUAUAUUCUUACAUUAUUUACUCUAAAUGUUAUAAAUGGUAUAGGAUUACAAAAAAAAAGUUGUAGUAUAAAUAACUUCAAUACAACAAUUUCAUAUACCUCUUCCUAAGGUAAUUUAUCUCUUUCCAACAUGAAUUUAUAAAAACAUACAUGUUUGAUCUGAGAUAUACAUGUUUAAUAAAUUUGUUUGAUUGAAUACGUUUAUGAUAAAAUUAAAUAAAAGAUAACUUCUAAAAUUAUGAGAGGUAUGCAAUACUUCAAAUGUAAAUAGGUAGCUAUAUGUUCUAAUGAUAUAUUAACAUAUUGGUUUUUUUUUAAAUAUCAUUUGAUACUUUGUAUCCUUAAUAAUCAAUAAUUCUUUUUUCAAAUUAUUUUUCUUUAUAAUGCACUUUUAAUCCAUCAUUGAACUGCUUAAGGCUACUAAUUAGCCUUUUAUACGGAUAUUCGACGCACAUAACAGUAUCUAUAAAACUUUAAUGCCACAUUCUAGUAGUUCUAAUUUAUUUGUAUUAUGUAUUCGUUCAAGAUCUCUUUAUAUAAUUGAGGUUGCCUGCAAGAUGUGGGAUCUCUUACAAAAACAAUAGUAUUAAGAUCACUACUAAUUGUUUAAAAACUUUUUAAUUCAUAAGGAAAUAAAACCCUUGAAGUUGACCAUUAAAUUUUUUCGAUAAGUGUUUCUAAUUACAAAUAAAAUAUAACAUAGACAAAUACUAACUAAUAUAAUAUAAGAAUAUUUAAAAUAUAGUAAAUAUAUCCCUAAUAUAAGCACAUGUGUUUACAUAAAAACUAAAUUAAAUCUUGGCCAAAUAUGUAGUCACAUUGUGCGUGGCUAAAUGUCUUAUUUAAUCUGUGUAUUAGAUUCAAUGUUAUUUAUGUAUUAUCUAUGUGUGUAAUUAAGAAUACAUUAAACUAUUUAUUAAAUAUCAAUAAGAUGAAUCAUGUUCAUAUAUGAACAAUAUAUUUCAUCCUUUAUUUAGUUAUGCACAAAAUUUUAAACUAUUUUUCAAGUAUCUCUAGUUGUAACAGGUAAUUUGAAUUCGAUUAAUAAGUAAUUAUAGGAUUAAUAAAUGUCUACAUAUAAAAUAUAUAUUAUUUAGUGUAGUGAAAAAAAAAAUGAGGACGGUUAUUUAACAUUAAUUUAUUUUAAUUGCUUAUUAUAUUGGAACAUGACAAUUUGGCUAACAUCAUAAUGGAAACAAUAUUUCACAUAAUAAGUUCAACUGAACUGAUUAACUGAUCAAACCUCUAAUGAUGUCAGAUUUACAAGACUUCAGUUGAUUAAUAAUGUAGUAAUAAUAUCACAUCUCUUUAUGACUGUCCUACUAGUUGAGCUGUAACUCUAACUUAAACAUUAACAAGUUUUUUAAGCUUUAUCUAGUUAAAUAAUCACACAGUCUACUUUUCUGUAUAUUUUUUAAAAUAUGUUUUAUUUUUCUACUAACAACGCACAUAAUCCUAGUUAUCUCUAUUGGUAGAUUAUAACUGGUUAAUCAUUCCAUUUGCUACUGAUGCACCAUCAGACAUGGGAGUAUAGUUUUAUAAGCCUUACGCUAUAAUUAUUAUUCAUCUGAUUCAAAAUUAAAAACAUUCCUGUUUUGAAUUACAAUGGGUGAGACAACGCCAUUUCUACUCAGAAGUCCUGCACUAACUUUAAUGACUGAAUAAAGUUAUAAGCAAAAGGUUCAUGGCUUAUAAUUUAUCUUUAUUCAUCAUAUAUAUGACUAUUAAAUGUAUCCGGUACAUUGUUAAAACACGAAUCUACAAUUACUAGUUCCUAGUAAAGACUCCAUUGAUCACAUACCCUAAUUAUGUCCCUUGUUACAGUUACAGCUUGAUAUAGGUUUAUUUUAAAUAUAUUUACUUACCUGAGUACAGUAAGGGAGUAUAAUUUGAAGUGUUAUACAUAGUUGUAACUCAUAGGUGAUUUUAUUAUAAAUAUAUAUAUAUUUUUAUUUACAAAGUAUGUUAAUAUUUUAAUUUUAGGAAAUUUACCUCUUUUAAAGAAAUGUUUUAGAUUAGCGUUAAUUGAAUAAAUUAUACUUAUCCUUGAAA